AUGGAGCGAAGAGCCUGGACUCUGCAGUGCACUGCUUUCACCCUCUUUUGCGCUUGGUGUGCUCUGAACAGUGUAAAAGCGAAGAGGCAGUUUGUCAAUGAAUGGGCUGCGGAGAUCCCCGGGGGCCUGGAGGCAGCCUCGGCCAUCGCCGAGGAGCUGGGUUAUGACCUUUUGGGUCAGAUUGGAUCACUGGAGAAUCACUACUUAUUCAAACACAAAAACCAUCCCCGAAGGUCUCGAAGGAGUGCCUUUCAUAUCACUAAGAGAUUAUCUGAUGAUGAUCGCGUGAUAUGGGCCGAACAACAGUAUGAAAAAGAGAGAAGUAAACGUUCACCUCUGAGAGACUCAGCACUGGAUCUCUUCAACGAUCCGAUGUGGAAUCAGCAGUGGUACUUGCAAGAUACAAGGAUGACCGCAGCCCUGCCCAAGCUGGAUCUUCAUGUGAUACCUGUUUGGCAAAAAGGCAUUACGGGCAAAGGAGUUGUUAUCACUGUACUGGAUGAUGGCUUGGAGUGGAAUCACACAGAUAUUUAUGCCAAUUACGAUCCAGAGGCUAGCUAUGAUUUUAAUGAUAAUGACCAUGAUCCGUUUCCCCGAUAUGACCCCACAAAUGAGAACAAACAUGGGACCAGAUGUGCAGGAGAAAUUGCCAUGCAAGCAAAUAAUCACAAAUGUGGGGUCGGAGUUGCAUAUAAUUCCAAAGUCGGAGGCAUAAGAAUGCUGGAUGGCAUUGUUACCGAUGCUAUUGAGGCCAGUUCAAUUGGAUUCAAUCCUGGACAUGUGGAUAUUUAUAGUGCAAGCUGGGGCCCUAAUGAUGAUGGGAAAACUGUGGAGGGGCCUGGCAGACUAGCCCAGAAGGCUUUUGAGUAUGGUGUCAAACAGGGGAGACAAGGAAAGGGUUCCGUCUUCGUCUGGGCUUCUGGGAAUGGGGGACGUCAGGGAGAUAACUGUGACUGUGAUGGCUACACGGACAGCAUCUACACCAUCUCCAUCAGCAGUGCCUCCCAGCAAGGCCUGUCCCCCUGGUACGCCGAGAAGUGCUCCUCCACGCUGGCCACCUCGUACAGCAGCGGGGAUUACACCGACCAGCGAAUCACGAGUGCUGACCUGCACAAUGACUGCACUGAGACCCACACGGGCACCUCGGCCUCGGCACCCCUGGCUGCUGGCAUCUUCGCUCUGGCCCUGGAAGCAAACCCAAAUCUCACCUGGCGAGAUAUGCAGCACUUGGUUGUCUGGACUUCUGAGUAUGACCCACUGGCCAAUAACCCUGGAUGGAAGAAGAACGGAGCAGGCUUGAUGGUGAACAGUCGGUUUGGAUUCGGCUUGCUUAAUGCAAAAGCUUUGGUGGAUUUAGCUGAUCCCAGGACCUGGAGCAGUGUGCCUGAGAAGAAAGAGUGUGUUGUAAAGGACAAUGACUUUGAGCCCAGAGCCCUGAAAGCUAAUGGGGAAGUUAUCAUUGAAAUUCCAACAAGAGCUUGUGAAGGACAAGAAAACGCCAUCAAGUCCCUGGAGCAUGUACAAUUUGAAGCAACAAUUGAAUAUUCCCGUAGGGGAGACCUUCAUGUCACACUCACUUCUGCUGCCGGAACCAGCACUGUACUGUUGGCUGAAAGAGAGCGGGAUACAUCUCCUAAUGGCUUUAAGAAUUGGGACUUCAUGUCUGUUCACACAUGGGGAGAGAAUCCUAUAGGCACCUGGACUUUGCGAAUUGCAGACAUGUCUGGAAGAAUGCAAAAUGAAGGAAGGAUUGUGAACUGGAAGCUGAUUUUGCAUGGAACCUCUUCGCAGCCAGAGCACAUGCAACAGCCUCGCGUGUACACGUCCUACAACACCGUUCAGAAUGACCGAAGAGGGGUGGAGAAGAUGGUGGACUUGGGCGAGGAGCAGCCCGCACAAGAAAACCCUAACGAGAAUCUCCUGGCGUCCAAAAGCCCCAGCAGUGGCAGCGUGGAAGACAGGAGGGAUGAGCUGGCACAGGGAGCCCCUUCUGAGGCCAUGCUGCGACUCCUACAAAGUGCUUUCAGAAAAAACUUGCGGUCAGAGCAAUCACCAAAGUCCCCAAGUGCAAAGCUCAACAUCCCUUACGAAAACUUCUACGAAGCCCUGGAAAAGCUGAACAAACCUUCCCAGCUUAAAGACUCUGAGGAUAGUCUGUAUAACGACUACGUUGAUGUUUUCUACAACACAAAACCUUACAAGCACAGAGAUGAUCGGCUGCUGCAAGCUCUGGUGGACAUUCUGAAUGAGGAAAAUUAA